AUGAACCACGAUUACAUUGGCGACCCAGACGGUGCCAUCAGUAAAACCAUACACCUGACGAGGCCAGGCAAAGAACAGAACGCCAGGUCAGGCGGAAAAGGCAACGACAACAGCGCCAACAGCAACGAGGGCAACAAACAGUCAUACGAGGAGUUGCUACGUCUUCUGGACGAAGCACAGAGGACUUCCAGGGGCCGAGUGCGAAAACCAGCUGGAGUUCUCAAGAUGGCGCUGGGAGGAGUGGAGAGUGUCGUCACAAAGUAUCAAGAUGAUUUCAUCACACAGGCGUCCUGUUCAGCUUAAGGAAUAAUCCUCAGUCGCCCUUCUGUUGCCAGACAUCCUCAGUCAUUCUACUCUGUUGCCAGACAUCCUUAGUCGUUCUACUCUGCUGCCAGCCAUCCAACCAGCCUCGGUUACCCUACUGUUACUCUAGACAGCCUCAGUCGCACUGCUCUGUUGUCAGCCAACCAGCCCGAG